UCCUGAUACAUCCAUCAUGGAUGAAGAAGAAACAUUUUGGUGGAAUCAUUUAGAGGAGAAUACAUUUCCAUCCCAUUCCAUGAUUCAUGCUGAAAAUGAAACAGAUACGCAACUGAGUGGUGGUAAUUCAAGGAUUAAUUCUAGUCAAGAUUCUACGGCAUGGUGGAAAAAUUUGGACUCUUCUAAUAAAGCAACUACUUCAACAAGGCGUAGCGCAGCGAUUGUUAAAAAUAAUAUAUUGCAAACUUCGACAUCUGAGUCAGAGAAAGAGCUCAUUUCAAGAAAGAGGAAAAUUCAUUUAAAAGCAAAUAGUAAGAAGAGUAUUAACAAUGCCUUCGAAAAUGCUUUGAAUGAUACCGAGGUAACUGUUCCAUUAAAAUUCCGGAUGAAGCAAGUCGACCAUGAAUCACAUAGCGAUUCAGACAGCAAAUCUUCACAAGAAAAGUCACAGGAAAAUGAAGAGGAUAGUAAUUUGAACUCAACUGAGAAGAUUUUCAAAUCAAAAUCAAGUACUUUUAGACCAAGAAGAGGUGGAAGUAUGGAAGAUCAAAACGCCUUUCAGGAUAUACUAACGAAAGAUGUUUUAAGUAGCAGCACGGUGGAAAAAACAAUCGUGUUUGAAAAGGAAUCCUCGAAGCGUUCGAUGGAUCAAAAUAUUAAUGUGAGUAAAGAUCAUAUUGACGAUCAUAGGAAACCAAUAGAAGUGCCUCAAACAAAGCCGUUAGAAAAUAUUGAAACUGAUGAUUCCUUAACUUUACAUGUUGAGGAGGAAGUACCUGAGACUAAUGCUGACAGUAAUCAAAGUAGCAAUGGAAGCAUCGUUGUUCAUCGCCAACGUUUAAAACUUAAAUCUCGCUUUAAACAGAAGGCGCGGAAAAGCAUAGAAAAAAAUGCCUUUGCAGAUGCUCUAGCUGACAGUAACUCAAAUUUAAUGUUAACAUCUAAUUCAAAUAAGGAAAACAAUAAUGAUAAAUCUUCAAUGUCAAGAUCAUCGCUCAGCCCUUUAAAAAGAUUAGUCAAUUUAAAGACAGCUAAGGUCAACAUCAAUGUUAUGCCUGAAAGUUCACCAGUUCGUAAAAGUCCAAGAUUAUCUUUGAAUAUAUCUAAAGAGCAGCAAUCAAACUUAUCGGUGCAAGCUAAAAAUAAUACUAAAACUAGUUCUAGCAGCUCAUCUUCGGAUAGUGAUGAAUCUCAUGGACCGAAGAGGUCCAUAUUUUUUAAAUCAAAAUCAAAAAUAUUAGGGAAGUUCCGUAAGCGUUCAACUAAUCCGUUCGAAGAAAUUUCUAAUAUCAGUGAUAGAAGAAGUAAUGUUUCCAUAAAAAGUAAUCGCGCUUCUUUUAAGCGAGAAUCUGCAAUAAGAAUUAACCAGGAACGUGGAUAUUUAGCAAUAGAGAAAGACUCACAAUCAGUAAAAGAUAAAACUAUGAAUGAGGAAAAUUCUUUACAAUUAUCCAAAUCAAGCUCUAGUAAAAAAGAUGAUUUGACUCAUAACAGUUCAAGAAAUCAAUCUGAAACACUGAAGUCUAUGAAUAAAACUAUAGAAGUCUCUAAGCGGUCUAUGAACUUGAUAGCUGAUAGUGAAGUAGAUAAUAAUGUCGAAACAUCAGAAACAAGUAAAGAUGGUCCGUUGCACAUAAUAACGACAGAAGAAAUACAUUCUAAAGAUAACACAAAUACAGGAACACAGAAAAGCACUAGUCUGUCCACUGAAAUGGAAAUGACUGAUGGUGAAGAUGCAGAAUCUGCGAAACAAACAAAUGAACAAAAUUCUUUGACAAAGCCUGGAACCAGUAAAACAGUAAAUCAGCAGAGUGUGCAAAGUCCAAGUAGGACCAACAUUAAGAACAACAGAGAAAUUGCACAUAGACAAAAAAGUUUGGACAAGUCUCAAAACCAUGACAGUAUACCGACUAAAUCGUCAAGUAAAGAUAUUUCUUCCAAUAAGCAAACUCCAUCUAAAUCAGUGAGAAAAAUACAUGAUUUUUUCAAAGUAAAAGAAACUGCGAUGGAACAACUAAGCGGACGCGCGCAAAAGUCGCUAGUCUUGAAUGAGAAAAUGAAGAAUCUUAAAAUAGAAUUAGAGAAAAUAAAGAGUCGCAAGACGAUCGCGAUGAAAAUGAACCCAACAGAUGAGAAACAAUCUGCAGUAAAACCGAAAAGAGUGAAAUUAAUUACGCCUAAACGAGAUACAAAGAAGAAGCUCAAGAAUUCUACGACAGUAGUAGAUAAGGCAUUUCUAGUAAAUGGAAAGGUAUAUAGACCACCGAGACUUCCUCGUCCGAAACAUUGGGUCACAGAUCGUCUUUACAAAUUUCUGUGGAAACGCAUGGAGCCGAAGUACAAAUUAAGCACAAGAGUAAAGUCUGAGAAAUUUGUGCAGGAAUUAGUUAAGAUAGUAGCUACUAUUGAGCGUUGUAAGAAUUACGAAGAUUAUAAAACCGAACUGGAGGCUGUGAUGAAGGAAAUGGCUCGUUUGGAAAUUAUCGUUAAUCGUAUGGACUUUUAUCAUUUCUGUCAGGAUUUUUUACCGUAUGAGUUUCGUGUUAAAGCCAUACCUAUGCUAUUGCCCGGCAAUAAAAUUAAUAUUCCCUACAAUCCAGAAAAUGUGUACAUUCCUUUACUUGAUACGAAUGAACAAUCGCUGGAAAUAUAA